AAGCGCAAGCGAGGUGCAGGGGAAAGUAAUUGGAGGAAAAAAAGUAUUUUCUAUGAACUUGAUUACUGGAGUUCAAAUUAGUUAAAACACAACCUAGAUGUGAUGCAUGUUGAGAAGAAUGUGUGCGACAGUCUCCUUGGGACUUUGUUAGAUAAUGAUAAAUCUAAGGACACCACUAACGCAAGACAUGAUUUAAAGAAUAUAGGGGUUAGGAAAUCGUUGUGGAUUUACGAGGAUGCCAAUAAAAGGUUAAUGAAACCGUAUGCUCCAUACGUGUUCACUUUUGAACAGAGGCGAGAUUUUUGUCAAUUUUUGAAAGGAGUGAAGAUGCCCAAUGGUUUUUGUUCUAAUCUAAAGAAAAAAGUCACAGACAAUGACUCAAACAUUGUUGGGUUGAAGUCCCAUGAUUGUCAUGUGAUAAUGCAACGAUUACUUGCAGUAGGUGUUCGCAAGUUUUUACCAGAAUCUAUAUCCACUACCAUCACUGAAUUGUGUAAUUUAUUCAAACAAUUGUGCUCUAGGACACUGAACGUUUUUGAUAUGGAGAAAGCUAAGGAUGACUUGAUUGUUAUUUUAUGCAAGAUGGAGUUGAUUUUCCCUCCAGCAUUCUUUGACAUAAUGAUCCAUCUGGUUUUGCACUUGCCUGAUGAAGAAAUAUUGGGAGGACCUGUAUUUAUGAGGUGGAUGUAUCCUUUUGAAAGAUACAUGAAAAAAUUAAAAAACUAUGUCAGGAAUAAAGCUCGUCCUGAAGGAUCUAUAGUAGAAGGAUAUGUUGCAGACGAGGCUUUGACAUUUUGUUCAAUGUAUUUCAAAGGUGUGGAAACAAAAUUUAAUCAGCCUGAUCGUAACAAAGAUGCACCGUAUGUGAAUCGACACCUCACAGUGUUUGAAUCUCAAUGUCGUCCUCUUAGUAAGGGAAUUCUCAUGCCCCUCGAUGAAAAUACUCGGAAUAAAGCUGAGUGGUUCAUAUUGGAUAAUUCUCUAGAAACUGAAGUGUAUUUAGAGUAAGUACAUAAUUAAUAUUCAUUUUAUUCUUUGUUGAAUCUACUCCUUAAUUAACAAUAUUGACAUUGUUAAUUAAUUAACAGGGAACACCUAACUAAGGUGCAACAAAGAGAUAUGGCUGCCAAUCAUAAAUUGAUACAUAAGAAAGAGUUUCGUUCAUGGUUUCAUAAGAAGGUAACUUGUACUUAGAAAAUUGCAUACUUCAAAUUACAUUCUCAUUCUAAUAUAUUUCUUUAUUAUUAGAUAUAUGACUUGCACCAGCUUGGGUCAUUAGAGCAUGCUGAUGAAUUACUAGCUUUAGCAUCUGGGUCAGAUCUAUUGGCUUACUCCUACCAAGCAUGUAUAGUGAACGGAGUUUGAUUUGUCUCAUACAAUCGAGAUCAGAAUCGAAUUACACAAAAUAGUGGAGUGUGUGUUGCUGGAACAGAAGGUUUUAACUAUUACGAGCAACUUGAAGAAAUACUCCAGCUGUCUUUUACUGGUUCUUAUUCGGUGGUAUUAUUUCGAUGUAAAUGGUUCAAUACAGAUCCGAAAAAAAAGAAAACCAUCACUGUAAAUAUUAUUACUAGUAUCAAUGUUAGCGGUGAAUGGUAUAAAGAUGAACCAUUCAUACUAGCUAGUCAAGCAAAACAAGUAUUCUACAUUGAUGAUCUCGUUAGAGGACGAGAUUGGAAAGUUGUCCAAGAAGUGAAUCAUCGGCAAGUUUGGGACUUUCCAGAUGCUUCAGAUAUGAUUGCUGGUGUUGAUGUUGUACAUGACACCAACUCAUCGAAUUUUGUUUUGAAUGUGGAUCUCGGAGAGUUGGUUGUUCAGCAAUCUGAUGUACCAACGACUCAAGUCAACACGGCCCAUCGACCUUCUUUAGUUGUUCAAGAAGAUGAUGGAUUUAUUAAUGACAAUGAAGAUGAUAUGGUAGACAGUGUAGAAGAAGCAGAAGAUGAGGAUGAAUUAAUUGUCGACCUUAGUGAUGAUAAUACUGAUGAUGUGUGCCCGAUAGAUGUUGAUGUAAUUAGUGAGGAUAGUGACUAUUCUACUUAGUUUUGUAUCUAGUGUUCAAAGUAUUAUACAUAUUGAGAAAUAAAAAGUUCGUUUCCAAAUAGCAUGUUUCAAAUUACCUAAUCAAUUGAAAUAAUACUCAAUAAAUUAAUUAUAAAUAAUAAUUAAAUAUUAAAAUAGAUAGGUUAAAUUACUGUCGUGUUAGUAGAUGUCAGCAGAUGUGGCUAGAGCUCACGGUGGAGACGCUGGCGGUGAUCCUCCACUGGAUCCUACUAGGAUCCCGACUACAUGCGACUCAGGAAUCCCAACUAAGAAAAAGGGUCGUGGCGUAGCUAUUGGAAAAGAUCUAGAGGAGAGGUGGCGUAAAAAUGGAAAACCACUGGAAGUAACGUUUUGCCCACAAACGUACAAGGUUGUUGGGGGCGAGCACGCUGCUUUUGUCCGCCUUGUGGGAACCCAAAUUAAAACGAAAGUUCCCGGACAUUACGGUUCAUGGGAACUAGUGCCUAAACAAUACAAUGAUCAGGUCCUUGGCAUAAUUCAGUACUAUUAUCAAAUAGCGGGCCGCGAGGAUUUCUUAAAGUGUUUAGAUGGUAUCGAUCGAGAGAUGAAAGACCGAUACCGUAAUAGGAAAACACUAAGACACGAACACUUUGAGAAACACUACAAAGGACCAGAGGAUUGAGAUAAUGUUCUAAACAACCCGACCAAUGAUGUUAACAAGGAGGAGUGGAAGCAGAUCUGUCAGUUAUUUACAAGUCCACAAUUUAUUGCGCGCUCCGUAAAGAAUAAGGAAAAUCGGAAGAAACAAAAGUAUUCUACAAUGCAGGGUACAAAAUCGCUGGCAGCCAUCCGUUUUGAAAAAACGAACCCGGACCUCAUUGAGUCAUGGAAGGAUUAUCAUUGGAAGAAAGCAACAAAUGAUUUCGUGAACGAUUAUGCUUGCCAAGAUUAUGAAAAACUGAAGGCUGAUUUUGAAUUACAAACUCAGCAAACAUCCACUGAUGCUUCUAAUAAUGAUAGUCCGUCAUCAGUUGAUUAGGUGGAGGUGCUACAAAAAGUAUUAGGUCAAAGGCGUGGACAUGUGCGAGGAGUGGGCCGUAAAUUGAAGGGGUCGGGGUCGGGGUCAUCAUCUACCCAACACUCUUACUUCAGCGAGUCUCAAGUUCCUCCUCAUCAUUCAAGAGAAUAUAUAGAAAAUUUGGAGAAUAAUCUACAGAAAUUGACUGAUCAAGUUAAUUUCUUAACUCAAUUUUUUGUACCUUCAUUUCGUCCACCAAACGUUCAGAUGCCGCCUGUGCCUGAUAGUGACAAUAUUUCUAGGGCUUCGUCUUCUCAAUCUCCAGCUCCAACUCAUCCUUCUAUGUACGGGGCAGCGCCGUCUCAACACAUGCUACCUCCAUAUAUGUACGGAGCAACACCUUAUCCGUGGCCGAUUCCACCGUCCUCCCAGCCGUCGUAUCCCUACAUGUAUGGAGCUGGAUCGUCCACAUUACCUCCCCAACAUCCUUGGCCGAUGCCGCCACCGCAACAAUCACAACCACACCCACCGCAACAACCACAACAAGAAGACAAUAGGGAGGAGGACGAGGCAGCAGAUUUAGGAGACUAGGUUUAUUUUAUUAUUAAUUAUUGUUAAAUUUUAUGAACAA